UCUAUUGUUGUUAUUUCUCCCUCUGCAAGUUCAACUUUCAUUUCGUAUUCAUGAAAGUUAAUCCCUCUUUUACAAGGUUGGUUUUGCUACGUGGAAUUUAGCUUGGAGUUCUUUCCAUGGAGCUGAUGGACACCACUUUUUUGGAUAAUGACAUGGAGGGAAUUGAUUAUGAACCAUCUGAAAAAUCACUUGCUUCAUGUUCCUUUUCGGAUGAAAUUUCCGGAGAUCCACAGCUGAUUCCUCGUGUCGGAGAUCAAUACCAAGCAGAAAUUCCACCUCUAGUUGGAGAAUGUUGGAGUUUAGAGGUUUUAAAGCAACCAAUCGAUUCAAAAACCGAAAUGAAUGUGCCAAACCCUUUUCCAAUGGGAUUGUGUAUCCAUCUUUUCUGGACAAAGGCUGAAGCUGAAAGCAUAAAUGGUGCAUUUGAAUCUGGAAACAGUGAAGAGAGCCACAUUACUUUGAGUCAUGGAUGUGCAGAAUAUAAAGUUGAAAGUCCUACGACGGCUAAUAGGAAAGACAUGAAAGAGAAUUGUAAGCUUCAAUCUACAACUGGAAAUAAGAUGGAUGCUGAAUUACACUUCCCCGAGGAGCCAAAUUCUAAGCUGAAGGUGGAUAGAGGUACUUGUCCACUUCCAGGGUCUUCGAGUGAAGUAUGGAAGGAUAUUGAACUUGAUAGUAUUCUUCUUGGGCUAUACAUCUUCGGAAAAAAUCUAAUCCUUGUGAAAAAAUUUGCUGAGAGUAAAGGGAUGGGAGAGAUAUUGUCUUUCUAUUAUGGAAAAUUUUACAAGUCCGCUGGAUAUCGGAGAUGGUCAGAAUGGCAAAAGUUGAGAAGCAGGCUGUGCGUUCAUGGACAAAAGCUGUUCACAGGGUGGAGGCAACAUGAACUAUUAUCUCGGUUAUUUUCUUAUAUUUCAAAAGAAUGUGAAGAUAUGUUGCUUGAGGUUUCUAAGACAUUUGGGGAGGGAAAAGUAACAUUUGAGGAAUACGUAUUCGCUAUAAAGAACACAGUAGGCAUUGGUAUGCUCAUAGAAGCCAUAGGCAUUGGCAAAGGAAAGCUAGACCUCACUGGCAAUGCUAUGGAGCCAAUAAAAGUGAAUCAUGUAGUUUCUUUCCAUCCCGAGAUACCAGUUGGCAAAGCUUGUUCUAGUCUUACAUCAGCAGAGAUUAUCAAGUUCCUAACUGGAGGUUUUAGGUUGAGCAAAGCUAGAUCGAACGAUCUUUUCUGGGAAGCUGUUUGGCCUCGACUUUUAGCUAGGGGUUGGCACUCUGAACAGCCCAAAGAUCAGGCUUUUUCUGGUUUAAAGAAUUCUCUGGUGUUCCUGGUACCUGGUGUUAAGAAGUUUUCGAGGAGGAGAUUAGUGAAAGGUGACCAUUAUUUUGAUUCCGUUAGUGACGUUCUUAAUAAAGUUGCAUCAGAACCGGGGCUUCUUGAGCUUGAAAUUGAAGGGCCGAAAGGCAGCGGAGAGGACCUAGAAAAUAAGUUGGACCCAGUAAUAAAACAAGAUCCUAAUUUUAAUUCUACAAAAGAAAAACGUAGUUGUUACCUCAAGCCACAAAAAUCUAGCUGCAAUCCAGAUCUAAUGAAGUUUACAAUUAUAGAUACUAGUUUAUCCAACAGGGUUGAACGAUCCAGAGUUAGAGAGCUAAGAAGCUUACCUCUUGUAGCUAGUAACUUAUCCACCCCUUCUAGUAUUUCCAUUGAUUCUGAGGAGGAUACAUCGGAUGACUCUGAAGAUGAAGAGGAAGAAACAAGUACUACGAAUGCUGCAGUGGCCCUAGCUAAUGGGGGAGAAUGUCUUGACAUAACAAAUUGUGUAAAUAGUAGCUCAAAUACCGUUAUUCCCCACACCUCUGAAAUAAGCAUUAUAUCAGUGGAAAAUCGAGAAAUGCACAACAGAAGCCUUCUUCAUGACGAGGAAGAAAAGUUUAAGAAGUAUAAUUUCAGCCAAAAGGUGCCGUCUAGUGAUUCGAAACAUUUGGUUCCUGUUACUAAACAGCAGGUGUUAACUGACUGUAUCAAUGGAGAAUUAAGCUGUAGUGUUGAAAACAUUUUGGUUGACAGGAUGUUAAAUGAAGACAUUUCGCACUGUAGGUCUAACUUGCCUGAUGCCUGUGAAGAUACGGUUUUUCAAACGGGACCACAAAACUUGUCACCCUCGAGUUCUUUGUCUGAAGGCAGUCCUGAUCAGAGAAAGGAAGGCAUUUUCUCUGAAAGCUACCUGCAUGAAGAAGGAUCUCUGACAAGACUCGGCCACAUACAUUGAUAGACUUAAACAUCCCUCAAGUUUCAUUGGGUUUUGGAACCGAUGGACCCUUCAUCUCAGAGACGGUGUAAAAUAGUUACAAUUCUUGUUCACAGAUAUCAUUCUUUCAGUCUGAAAUAACAGUGCAGCCGAAUUCAAAGAUUCCUGAUAAAGUUGCGGAGGUCAACCAGCAACCUACAAUGCAAAACCGGCGGCAGAGUACUAGGAAUCGACCGUUAACCACAAAAGCUUUAGAAGCUAUUGGGUGUGGGUUCUUCAAUCCCAAAAAGAAGCGAGAGCCUGCAGAGGCUUCCCAGAAUAACUCACGAAGAGUUCGUUUUAGGCCACAUGUUAGUGCCCUUUUUAGAAACGGUGCUAAUAAUUCCAGCAUGGGGGAAACUUAGGAUGGUUUCUGCAGUGCAAAAAAAAAAGCCAGUCACUCGCAUCAGAAUACGAUACAUCAAGAAACGAGCCGGAGAAUUGCAAUAUACAAAGCUGUUCCGAAGCAUUGUGUUUUCGGGUGAUUACUGAUUUUGAUUUUUUUCCUAGUCAAUCAUUGGGAGGGCAAAUGUUUCCUUAAAUCCAUGAGGAUGACACUAACCUCCAUUCCCCCAACUCACUGCAGAUUCGUGACCAUUAUCCGGUGAAAGAAGUUUGAAGUUCCGAACAUGUUCAUCUUGUACAUAAGUCGGAUGAAACCGAUGUUGAUCUGAUUUGGGGUUAUAAUCACAGAAAGAAGGGCCUUUUCCAGCCUAGAAGCAAUUAACACAGGUGGUUCUUAUUUCUUACUGCCUUAUUGAUAAUUUGACUUGCAAACAGUGCCAACCUUUAAUGUUGGACUCUUGACAAAGAUGACUGCCCUUUUUCCAGUUAA